AUGAGUAAUCCCAGAGAUGAGGAGUAUGACUAUUUGUUUAAAGUAGUCCUCGUUGGCGAUUCUGGAGUUGGAAAAUCCAAUUUACUCUCCAGAUUCACCAGAAAUACAUUCGAUUUGGAAACCAAAUCGACGAUUGGAGUGGAAUUUGCGACGAGAAGUAUGAUGAUCGAGGGAAAAAAGAUCAAAGCCACAAUUUGGGACACAGCUGGACAAGAGAGAUACCGAGCAAUCACUCCAGCCUAUUAUCGUGGAGCUCUUGGAAUUCUGAUCGUCUAUGAUAUCGCAAAACAUCAAACAUUUCAAAAUAUCGAUCAAUGGUUGAAAGAGUUGAGAAAUCAUGCGGACGAGUCUAAUAUCAGUAUUAUGUUGGUUGGAAAUAAGACAGAUUUGAGACAUCUGAGAGCUGUCCCCACUCAAGAGGCUGCUAUUUAUGCCGACAGAAAUCAUAUGAGCUUUAUUGAAACCUCCGCUCUGGACAGUACCAACGUCGAGGAGGCUCUUCGUAAUCUUCUAACCGACAUCUACAAAACCGUAUCCACCAAAUAUGGUGUCGACAGUAAGCCAGUACCAUAUGGUGGCCUUGGUACCAUUAUGACAAAUGUUCCAUCGACUGAAGACGUCAAGAAGAAGUGUUGUAAUGUGUGA